CAUGAAUGUGUACGUCGAUGACUGUUUUACGCCAUGGCGUAGAUGUCUGGAGUACCUUGGGCAGUUUGAGUUUUCGAAGGAUGCGUUGAACUCGUGGUAAUUAGCGGCGAUUCAUUUCUCAUCGACAAGGUCUCCACUGGGUGGAGGUGAAGAAUAUCGACAACAUAAGCUGUAAAAGCACAGUAAAAACACACAAUGGCGAAACCGAAUCCCGGUGCUUCACAGGGCAUCAAUAAGGAGGAACCGUUUCUCAAGGCGAAAAUUCUCAAAGACGAUAAAGAUAUACGCCUGCACUACAGAAAGCAACAAAAACUCGGCGAAGGGUCGUAUGGUGGGACAUUUGCAGUUGUAGACAGACGUAAUCCUGUUGUCAGACUUGCAAUGAAAGUCCAGACGAAGAGCUGCUGGGGGUCUCCAGAGGAAGAAGCGUUGAGAUUGUUUAGAGAGCUUUUGAUUCUCAACAGAAUAUUGCCCAAACACCCGAAUAUAGCACAAAUGAAAGAUAUGCUAAUCGGCCCACACAAUGUUUACAUCCUUCAAGAGCUGUGUUCACAAGAAACCCUUGAACACUUCUACCCUGUAGCGAAUGGUGUAAGCGGGUGCAGAAUUUUCAAGCAAUUGAUUGAUGCAUUCAAUGUCAUGCACCAACACGGAGUGGUGCAUUGGGACGUGAGAGAAUCUAACAUUCUAUUUGCCCACUCUGACUUCAUGCAGUGCAAGAUUAUAGACUUCGGUCAAUCUGCUUAUAGGCCAGAAUGGGCCACAAAAGUUAAUGAUAAUUUUGAUCCACGUAAUUGGUUCACAAGUGAAGAACUAGCUCCACCGCCAGAUCCAAAUGCACCACAUGUGCCAAAGAAAGUAGAUGAUGUUAGAAAACUGGGAAGAAUACUGCAUUGCAUUAUGGCUGGCAAGUAUGUUCCACAUACUUUACUGGGAUCGGACGCCGCCAUUCAAAUGAAAACCAUCUACAGGCCUAGAGUUGAAGUUUUUGGUGCUCAAGCAGUAAGUUUACUUCGAAUGAUAGGUCCACCUCCAUUCGGACCUGCGCGUGAUGAGGACCUUCCUACCAUCGACAAAAUCCAUCAACAUAUGUGGCUUGUCUGAUUUGCAUAGCUCACAUCAUCAGAUCUAUGAGCAAAGAAUUUCUACCAGUUUCAGUUUCUGAGGUAUAAUCCAAACAUGAAAUGGCGACAUUUAAUUCGUGACGAUCGUGAAGUCGCAAUGUGCUAUCAUCCAAAAGAACUUGUCAAAUAUAAUCAGAGCUACGUGAGAGUACACUCUUAGACAGAUCGUCCCAUCUGCCAGUAGUAAGUGUCUCGAGGAGAUUACAAACAAGAAGCAGAAGGGCAGCUGGCUCAUAUAUCAGCUGCAAUAUGAACCCACGGUCCAUCGAAAUGCGUUAGGGACUACACGCCUUACUCUGCUUGCGUUGACAGCGGAAGCCAUUGGGAGCAGUAUCCAAACCAUUCAAGUUUAGUGUUGCACACUGAUAUGAAAUUAAGAGACAUUUUUCACAUUUAUAACAAUUGCAUAGCGUUCGAAGGGUCGAACAGUACUGCAAUCGGCAGGAGACAAUGUUUGUACAGCAUUGAGCUAAAAGAAUUCUUGAUACGGUUGAAAGCUGCUACUAUUGCUUUCUUUAUGAUUAAUGAAUUCUGCGAGGCACAUCAACUGUAGAAAAUAAUCACUGUGAAGCUUUCCUACCGAUAGCUGGAGAUCUUAAAUAUUCAUCCACGGACAUCUUGGGAGAAAAAUGUCUCUUCGACGACGGAUUUGGAAGUCGUAGGCUUGUGUUGCAAGCCGUCUUUAGAUAUCACUGCCUUGAAUUCUCAAAGAAUUGGACUGUCAGUUGCAACGACCUAACCAACCACGACUGGUCCUGACAUGUUAUGAGAAUCGAAUGAAAAAUGUAGUAAUAAAUGAACAAACUAUUAUUCUAUCUAUAUCAUCAAACGAUUGAAUUUCUGUAUAAAACCUUCUCUGCUCUGCAUAUUUCAUAUGCAUGUGUCCUACAACUCCCACAAAAGUUACACCUUGAGCAGAAUGCUGUUGGGCUAAGCACCACUGUCGGAUUCAACAUGUCGUAUGUAGCUUUCGACUGACUUCCGAGAACACAACUAGUGAUCUUUCUGUUGU